AUGUCCGACGAAUUGGGAUUAACGACCUUAAUUCAACACAUUUUACAAUAUCUAAUUGAAAAUCAAUCAUUUCAUUUACGUCGUAACCCAUUAAAAUUCCUUCAAACCUUAUCGUGUCAUGAGAAUGAAAUCUUCUCCUCAUUAAAAGAUUAUUCGAUUGAAAUCAUCUGUGAGGACCCCGUGAAAUUUUUAUUUAAUUCCCCGGAUUUUUUACUGCUGGACAAAUCCAUCUUGAUAUCAAUCUUAAUUCAGGAUUUUCUUGAUGUCAAAGAUGAGGUACAAAUUUGGAAUCAUGUUUUAAAAUGGGGUAUCUCUCAAAUGCCUUCCUCUCAGUUUAUCCUGAAAACGAUUAAUAAUUGGACGAGAGAAGAAACGGAUAUCUUGAAAGAGAUUUUAAGUGAUUUCAUUCCGUUGAUCAGGUGGUUGGAUAUCUCUCUGAAUGAUGUCAUGAAUAAGGUGGCUCCUUAUUCGAACAUCUUGCCAAAAGAUUUUUGCCGAGAGAUCUUUAAUGCUCAUCGAUCCACUUCCACGACUUCCGAAUCGACCCUCUUAAACGAAUUCCCUUUGAUUAAUUACAUUGAAUCAUUACCACCUAGGUUUCCUUUGAAUUCCCUUUUGAUAACGCCAAAGAAGGUUUCAUAUUUAGCGAGUUGGAUCGAUAAGGAGAAGAAGAAUUAUUAUUCAUGUGAUAAUUUGUUGAUCGGUGGUUAUAACCCCUUGGAUUGGAAACCCAAAUAUGAUAGCGUUAAUGGUAAUAGUAUGUAUCAAACCGAGAAUAGCUUUUUAUUCUGUUUCGGCAAAGGUGAAAAGAAGGACAAAUCCGGUGCUAAAGAUGGAAAUCCCGUCGUAAAGUCCAAAAUCUCAAAGUUAAUCAGGGUUUCCAACCCUCAAAAGGCCAUCUAUUAUAGUCCUGUCAGCGGUCCUUGCUUUGGUGGUGGUUGUGAUUUAGGUAUUAUUAACAAUCAGAUCGUUUCCUACGGCUCACUUUCGUAUAAUGGAAUUAAUAAAUUUAUCAAAGAGGAAUCUCAUCUCGAUCUUGAAGAUUAUGAGGUUUUUCAAGUUGUAAAAUCCGAAUGA